AUGGCUACAGCAGCCGCCACCAGCCUCUCCAUCACAAAUCCACUAGUCAAAUACCGCGCCCUCGUCGCCACCCAACAAGUCGUCCCCGACCAAUCUCAAUUCCGUCUCGCAAUCCAUCUCCAGAAACUCUACGAUCGCCUCAAGGACUACGAGCCCCAAGUCGAGUACAGUACCCGCCUGGACCAGAUCUCACAAGCCGUGCGAGCGCAACAAAGUGCCGGACUACCGGUCAACAGCGAAGAUGUCCCCACCCCGUCUGCCCGGACUACCAGGCAGAGCACCUGGCGAUCUUUCUGGGCGGCGAAGGAGAAGAGAGAUAGUCUUGCCUUGACAAGACGACUCACUAAUCAUGAGGCCGCGAUGCAGCUUUCCUCUCCCAAGGGCCUGAUGGUUCAUGGUGAGGUGGGUACCGGAAAGUCCAUGCUCAUCGACCUCUUCGCCGACUGCCUGCCGAACCGCAAGAAGCGGCGAUCGCACUUCAACACUUUCAUGCUCGAGACUCUAGCGAAACUAGAAGCCUUCCGCCGAGAUCGGGAGAUCAGUCGUCAGGCGGCGAGUAUCGCGAUAGAAGACGAUUAUUCCCUCCUCUGGCUGGCAAAGGACAUGGUACAGUCCCACCCCAUUCUAUUCCUGGAUGAGUUCCAGAUGCCGGACCGUGCGGCAAGUAAGAUCCUGACAAAUCUCAUGACCUCGUUCUUCCAUCUCGGCGGCGUACUAGUAGCAACCUCGAAUCGCAUGCCCGAAGAACUAGCCAAAGCAGCUGGGAUGGACUUACCCGCUCCCGCUCCCUCGAGACUACAGUCACUGGGUCGACAAUUCUGGUCAAGAAGGAAAUCGAAAAGUGAUGCUCUCUUCGGUGGCGAGAACGAAUUCUCUGCUUUUCUAGAUGUGCUGAAGGCAAGGUGUGAGGUCUGGGAGAUGAAUGGCGGGAAGGACUACAGACGGAUCGAAAAUGGGAGCAUUGCGCCCGUCAAGCUCGAGGAUGUGGAGAGGGUGCUCGAAGAGUGGAGGGAGGAUGAGCACAGGGACUUGCAGCACGGUGCUGGUAUGGCUGGGUGGCCUGUUGCUGACCUUGAGACCGAGCAGGCUGAGGUAGCUACGAUCAAGUCACCACGAUUCUACAACACUGUGGCAGAAGAGGAUAGCACCAUCGCUGUUGCCAUCUCUUCUGCGACUGGCGAGACACAUCUGGACAACACACCCUGGCAACCAACCACUCUCAAAGUCUACGGCCGCACAAUCACAAUCCCCUACACCUACAACGGCACUCUUAAAUGGACUUUCGACGACCUCUGCAAGGGCUCCUUCGGCCCGGCAGACUACAUAACCCUCGCUUCCACAUUCCACACCCUCAUCCUAACCGACGUCCCUAUCCUGACCUUCGUCAUGAAAAACGAAGCCCGACGCUUCAUCACCCUCCUCGACGCCUUAUAUGAAUGCAGAUGCAAACUCUACAUCCACGCCGCCGCAGGCCCAGAUGACCUGUUCUUCCCUGACAAGGACGGCGCAGAGGAGGAAGGCGAUAGUGUAUACUCCGAGACAAUCUCAGAGGUAUACCAAGAUGCUACCGCGCCUUUCCGGCCGAAUAUCCUAGGUACUAAUCCGAAUUACGCUGAGCCGGAUCCCGAGCCAGACUACACGCACGCUCGACUAGCCGGUCUGCUGAACGCACAUCAGCUCGAAGACGAUCCACCCAAUAAGCCGGAGAGGAAAGGCGGUGCCUUCAGCCGAUCAUUCGGUGGGACAGAUGGUGAAAUAGAGCGCGGACCUAUUGAUCCGGAUGAGGUGCGGUAUUCUGCCCCGAGCACGAGGGGACCGGACUUUGGCAAGACGUCCAAGUUCACCGGCGAGGACGAGAUGUUCGCCUAUAAGCGGGCGCAAAGCCGGUUGUGGGAGAUGUGUGGCGCGAAAUGGUGGGCACGGGAGGAAGAAGGGUGGCAUCGGCCCUUACCCGUCGAAGUCCGAAUGUGGGAGAAAACGGUCCUCGAACAGCAAUCCGCAGCCGCCGCCGCCACAGCGGCAGCCAUGAGCAUGCCCGUUGGCGUCGCAGGCACCAUGACACCAACCGACAUCGGCAUGGGGCCAGCAAUAGAAGACUCAAGCCGGGACUCGCGAAGUUUCCGGCGACGCGAAGAAGGUAGUAAGAUCGUGGAGGAGGAGAAUACUAGUCCCUGGCGGAAUUCGAAGGAGCCGCCGCCGAGGUUCAGUCUGAGCCAUAUUUGGGGGACGACGAGGUGGGGCCCUAAGGCUGGGGCUUGGGGGCAGGGGGUUGAGGGGUUGAAGGCUAGGGAGAAGAAGAGGGGUGGGGAGGGGAAGUAG